AAAACAACACCAAGGUCAGAGAUAGCGUCAAUCUCUUCCAAUCUCUGCCCAUCAAACGAAAUAAUCAAAACAAUCGAAGUCACGAGAUAAUAACAGCCAAGAUAAGUGCAGGUAGAAAGAUAACGUUAGACAGUGUUUAAUAAUGUCUGGUAUGAACAUUUUAAAUCCGCCACACCUGGAUGAUGAUUUUACAUUCGACGAUGGGGACAUUCCAAUAUUUGACCAGCGAUCAAUUAUUACCACUCAGCCACGAGAAGACACAAGCAACCAGAUACAUCUCCCCAUUUCUACAGUUGGCAGAUCGCUCGAGAGUUCUGGCCCUUUCAGUGGACUGAGAUUGUUGUUUGAUGUCGAUGAGGUGACAAUAGAGCAAACUUACGAACUCCAAGACUUAUUGACGAUUGUGCAGUCCGAAAAUAGAUAUUUUAUCAAGAGCAAUGGCGACAUACUAUACGGAGGUAUAGAAGAGUCAACAAUGCUUCAAAGGCUGUUUUGCUCAUCGAGGCGUAAACUGAAGUUCACACUGUACGACAGGUCGCAAGAAGAAGCUAUUCAUUUUACAAAGCAGCUCGCUUUUACAUCCUGUUCAUGUGGAUGCUUGCUCCAGAGAAUUAAGGUAUAUAUUUCAAAUUUUAACUUCAUUGGAAGCAUACAUCAACAAUGGACACCUUUUAAAACGACUCUCUUCAUUAAAGAUUCAGAUGACAAUCUUAUAUUCAUUGUGCUGGGUCCAGCAGAGUGCAUAUGUCCUAUAUUCAAAGAAUCUACGUUUCAGAUCUUAGAUAAAAACUGUGACCAGGUGGGACAGAUUGGCCAAGCUUGGGAUGCGAGCGUAAUGAAUUACAAGCUGACAGUUACGUUUCCCCGUAGAUCAAACACAAUCCAUAAAGCACUUUUGUUAGUGUGUGGAAUUAUACUGGAUUACAUGUUUUUCGAAUCUGGAAAAUCUGGCGGAUGCUUCCGAUGCAUAAUAUGUCAUCAUUGAUUUGAAAAUCAAAUUACACAACCAUUG